UUCCAAAUCCCCAAACCCCCCAACCGCCCCGCCCCCCUCGACCCAUCGCCGCCCCCAUGGCCUCGACCGCCCCCUCCGCCGACACGCCGGCGACGACAAGCCCCCGGAGAUCGCCCCGCGCAGCCCCGCCGGCCCCGAUCCCCACAGGAAUAUCGGGCCCCCGGCGCCGCCGCCCUCUGCGCCGGUGACGUCGUCGGGCGAUGGUGGUGCGUCGGUGACGGGGACGAUGGAGGAUUUCUACCCGCUGCCGCUGUGGGCCUUGGAGGAGCGGGCGUGCAGCUCGUGCGCGCGCAAGAAGAUGCUCCGCGAGAAGUGGGAGGCGGCGCGCGGCCUCGAUCCCCUGGCAUGUCCCCGAAGUGACGACGGGGUGCCAUCGUCGUCGCCGUCGGCGCCGGUGCAGGGCCCGGGGACGGAGCUUCAGGACCCGCUGGCGCCCCCGGCAACAUGGUGGUGCGACCCGUGCGAGCAGCACAAGAAGUCGUUGCGCGACUGGCGUCUCCGAAGGGAGGGCAAGCUCCCCCCGUCGCCGCCGCCGCCGCCCCCGUCAUUGGGGAUGCCGUUCUACUUUGGGAUACCAGUGCUUGGUAGCACUAAGUCGAUACUGAAGCUGGGGCGGAGGCUGCAGGAGGAGGCGCGGCGCUGGAAGAAGCGGCCUCUCUCGGUGGCGGAGGAGAGGGGGUAUCGCGAGUGCGACGUGGGCAAGAGGGUGAUGCGCCAUAAGCGGGACGGGCCGCCCCUGGACACGGCCGGCAUUGGCGCCGCGGCUAGAGUACGCGAUGCGCUCACGAAGAUGAUGCCUGAGCCUGAUAAGCGGAGGGGCGCGCGCUGCGUGGACUACUCGAAGCUGACGCCGCUCGUGGGGUCGCGGGAGCCCAGCUCCAGCGCUGCGGCUGGAGAAGACGUUUUGCACGACGAGGCGCUUCAAACCAUCGAAGGACAGCCAGAGGGGCUCCAUGGGGUCAGCUCCGCCCAGUGGUUUGCCCUACACGUCUCAACGGAGUUCAUGCGGCUGCUGGACCCACAGGUGAGUUCUAGCGCCGCAGCUGGGGGCGAUCUGGAUGGGAGGCUGGAUGAGGAGGCGAUAGACAGUUUGCUGAAUGGGGAGGGCAUGGAGGACAUUGUCAAAACAUCGAUACCAAAAGCUUAUUCCAGGGAGAUUCUUUAUGACUUAAUAAUGGAGUGUGUUGCACAAUACCGAAAGUGGCUGUUAGAUAACAGAGACAAGUUAGAGAAGGGAAAAUACAAGAAGUGCCUGAAGCAGCUUGUACCCAUGGUGAAACUUACUUCGGUUUAUGAUAAGGAGCCUGAGAAUUUGUCCAAGAUAAUGAAACUCAUGUACAAGGUCGGAAAAUAUGGUCCACCUCCCAGUGGUGUCAUUCAUGCUAUAUCUCCUCGUCUUUAUCAGAGUACCAUGGAGCAACUCGCCGCUGCUGGAGCAGUAGACGUUUUGCACAAUAAGGUGCCGCAAGUCAUCAAAGCACAGGCAGAGGGACUCCAUGAGGGCUGCUCUACCCAGAGGUUGGCCGGACAAGUCUCAACGAAGUUCAUGCGGCUGCUGGACCCAGAGGCAGGUUCUGGUGCCACAGCUGGAGGCAAUCUGGACCGGAGGCUUGAUGAGGACGCGAUAGACAAUUUGCUGAAUGUGGAGGGCAUGCAGGACAUUGUCGAGACAUCGAUACCGAAAGUUUAUUCCAAGGAGAUUCUUUAUGAGCUCUUUAAGGAGUAUGUUGGACAAUACCCAAAGUGGCUGGAAGAUAACAAGGAAAAGUUAGAUAAGGAAAACUAUGAACAGUAUGUGAAGCAGUUUGAGUCCAUGGUGAACCUUACUACUGUUUAUGAUGACGAGCCUGAGAAUUUCUCCAUGAUAAUGAAACUCAUGUACAAGAUCGGAGAAUAUGGUCCACCUCCCAGUGGUGUCAUUCAUGCUGCAUCUCCUCGUGUUUAUGAGAGUACCAUGCAGUCUACUGGGAUGGCCGAGCUGCUGCAGAAAUAUGACAAAUUGUUCUCUGUUGAUACCAGUCCUUGUACCACAUGAAGCAGCGUUGAGCUAUAUACAUGUACCCUCGAAAGAGUUACUGUCCCCUGCAAAGCAUCAUAUAUGGGCAGGCGUAUAACCAAUUCAACUGUGCUGUUUAGUUUUUGAAGAUUACAUGAACAAUUUGGUCUGGUACACGGCCAGCUGUGCCUGUGCUUUCGAAUAACUACGUAGUAACUACACUGGGAAGUUUAAAUCGAUGAAAAACGAGUAACUAUACUGUACUAGUUCCUUUAUAUCUGUGCUACCCUUGUAUGCUUGUGAUGUAUAGUAUGAAUGUAUCUUGUCUGCUGAA